AUGACCGUCAUAAGCAGUGUUGCCUACUCUGUGGCACAUAUCUACUCCCAAUGCUUUGUUAUGCUGUAUAGCUUGAUGCAAGACAUACUGGUUUACGUCUUUGCUUCCAAUGCCCCCCCUCCAUCUAGUCGUAACAAACGAUUACGCCGUCCUCGAAUCGCCAUCAUCGGCUCCGGAUUGACUGGUGUUUCGGCGGCGGCUCAUUGUGUUGGCCAUGGGUUUGACGUGAAGAUAUUCGAGGCCCGGCCUAAAGACAAAGGCCUAGGUGGUAUUUGGAGCAGAGUGAACUCCACAUCUUCAUUGCAGAUACAUAGUAUCAUGUUCAGAUUCCACCCUUCAGUUAAGUGGAAAAAUGCCUAUCCGAAACAACAGCAAAUAAAGGACCAGAUCGUUGAGCUUUGGGAAGCCUAUCAUCUAGAUGAUAAGACUGCCUUUGAUACCCCUGUUAAAUCGACCCGGAAGAACGACAAAGGAAGAUGGGUUAUAAACGAGGACGAAGAUACCCAUGGCACCUUUGACGGUAUUAUCGCUGCUGUUGGGAGCUGUGGUGACCCAAAGAUGCCCACCCUCCCGCAUCAAGCUAAUUUCACUGGGAAAGUGUGCCAUUCCUCCGAAAUGGAUGGACUGGAUGCCAAAGGAAAGCGCGUUAUUGUUGUUGGAGGAGGUGCCAGCGCCGUUGAAGCCUUGGAAUUUGCCGUUAAUGCCGGUGCUGCAAACAUAGACGUUCUCUCCCGGUCGGACAAAUGGGUCAUACCACGGAAUGUGGUCGUGGAUAUCCUCCUUGCCUGCAACAUCUUUGGCCAAGAGACUCUUCUAUCCUUCAUCCCAGAGACAUUGUUACGCAAGCUUUUUUAUCGGGACUUAGAAGACAUCGCUCCAUCCGGCAAGGGAUUAUUUACGGACACUCCCAUGGUGAACUCAGACCUUUUUGAAUUGAUCCGUGCAGGUAAGGCCCGCUGGCUACGCGGAGACAUUCUCUCCAUCAAAGAGGAUGGCAUCUCCUUCAAUCACCGCGCUCAAGGUGUCCCUAAAUCCGGGCCAGGCCACGAAAUAUUCGUCAAAGCCGAUAUCAUCGUUAUGGCAACGGGAUUUAUCCGACCCUCCCUCUCCUUUCUCCCUCAGGAGAUAUUUGAACCCCCUUAUGAUCCGCCAAAUUGGUACCUCCAGAUCUUCCCACCAGAAUACCCGAGCAUCUGCACGAAUAACAGCACCUUUGUCAAUGCGAUUGGUACUGUAGGAAAUUACCACAUCGGAAUCUACACUCGUCUUUUGCUCAUGUUCUUGAUCGACCCACUGAGCCGUCCACGGGAAUACAUGAUGAAAAGAUGGAUUGACAUGACACGAAUGAUGAAGAGAUUCGCACCAACUAGCGCAUUCGACUUUUUCACUUACGCUGAAUUGCUAUAUUGGUUUAUUUUUGUGAUGGUUUUCAACCCUUUCCGCUGGAAGUGGGCCGCCUUUGUGUUCUUUGGGCUUGGAGGAGUGCUCCCAAUGGCUGUGGUGGAUAAGGAGGAUAAUGCAAGGGAACUUUUAGGAGCUGAUUCACGGUCCUCUAUCAGUGAUAACUAA